UCCCUACAAGAUGCCUUCCGUGACCCGUCCUCGCCAUUCCACCUACCGCCCGGAACGCAAGGCCCCGCCUCCCCAGAUCCCCCCGCCGAGUUCCUGCACACCGAAGCCCAGGAGACGCGGGCGGAGCACGCCCGCACAAAGAUGCUAGAGCUGGGCUACGACCCGAGCAGCUUCUGGGAGCAGCGGAUCGUGUGGGGUGACCACGACGCAUUCCAACACGUAAACAACGUGCGCUACGUGCGCUUCCUCGAGUCGUCCCGGAUCGAGUGGAUGGUCUCCCUAGGCAAAGAAAUCGGCGGCGCCUCCCGAGCGGACGACAUGCUCGCCGGGCGCGGCAUCUCGCUCAUCCUCAAGACCAUCUCCAUCGACUACAAGCGGCCCGUCGUCUACCCCGACACGCUCCUCAUCGCGCACAAGCCGCACCCCGGCCCGCUCGUCUCGACCUCGGACGUGCACAAGACGGAG